CCCCAGCGGCAGUGACGCUGAGGGCGGAGCUUGGGAGCCCGGAACUCGGAGCUGGAGCCGGAGCUGGAGCUGGAGCUGGACAGAGAGUCAGGGCCUGAGCUGGGACUGGGGCCGGGGCUGGAAGGCAAGACUGACUGCGGAAGGUGAACCUUCCAUACUGGGGGAGCCCUGACAUAGCCGUGCGGUUCCAGGGGAGAGAGAGACAGGCCCCGGUGACAGCUGCUGCCUGGAGGCUAGGCCGCACCUCUGACCGGCUGCUCGAGUAGACAACAGACCCGGGAGCUCGGUGGAGGAGCUGGACUAGUCCUCCCACUGUGAGCAGGGUAUUGGAAAGCAGCAUUUCCCCCAGGAGAUUUUUGAAGAAUGUAUUCACCGCAGCGGAGGGACUUUAUAUCAGUGACACUGGGUAAUCAGGCUGGAAGGACCUAUGACAACAGUAAGACCUGGAGGAGACAAUCCUGCUGGAGGAAAUGGAAACAGCUAUCAAGAUUGCAGCGGAGCCUAAUUGCAUUCCUGUUUGUCUUCAUGGUUGUUUGUGGUAUUGCAGCAUACCCUAACCUGUCUGAACGAUGGCAAGUUGAAAGUUACCACAAUGGAGAGUUGAAGCAAGCUGAGCCAGCAGUUGGCCCAAGAGUGGCUGUGCUAUUACCCAAGGCACCGGCUAUCACACAGCCACAGAAACCUCGAAGACCAAAUCUGAAUAAGAGAGGACCACCAUUUUUACAGAAGAGAUUAUCAAAGAAAGAAAAUGCAGAGGAACCCAAAAUCAAUAAGGAAGAAAAUGAAGCUCAAGUCAUACCCAAUGACCAGGAGGAGGAGAAAGAUAUUACGAUCAGCUGGCGUGGAAUGAAGAUUGAACCUGAGCAAGUUAAUCCAGCUUUACCUGACACAAAAAAAGGGGAGCCUGUCCCUAAUGAAACCAUCAAAGAACCAGAAGCUCUGAAUGAACGGCAGAUGGCAGUGAUAGAAGCAUUCCAACAUGCAUGGAAGGGAUACAAGCAGUAUGCCUGGGGCCACGAUGAACUGAAGCCCAUUUCUAAGACUUACAGCGAAUGGUUUGGCUUGGGACUGACUUUGGUUGAUGCCUUGGACACAAUGUGGAUUUUGGGACAGCAAGAAGAAUUUGAAGAAGCCAAGAAAUGGGUAGUCACUGAUCUGAAUCUUGGUAAAAAUGUGGAUGUGAAUUUGUUCGAAACCACAAUUCGUAUUUUAGGUGGAUUACUUAGCGUAUACAAUUUAACUGGAGACCAAGUCUUCCUUGAUAAAGCAAGUGAGUUGGGGAAUCGCCUUAUGCCAGCUUUUGAUACUCCAUCCAGAAUUCCAUAUUCUGAUGUAAACAUUGGUCGUGGAACAGCCCAUCCUCCACGUUGGACCUCAGACAGCACCGUUGCAGAAGUGACCAGCAUUCAACUGGAGUUUCGAGAGCUCAGCCGACUGACUAAAGAAGAGAAAUACCAGGCAUCAGUAAAUGAAGUAAUGAAACAUAUUCACAAACUUGGAGGGAAAAUGGAUGGAUUAGUUCCGAUGUUCAUAAACACUAACUCUGGCCAGUUUAGUCACCUUGGAGUCUAUACACUGGGUGCCAGGGCUGACAGCUACUAUGAGUAUCUACUAAAACAGUGGAUUCAGGGAGGAAGGAAAGAAUCAGACUUAUUAGAUGACUACCUGCAAGCUAUAGAGGGUAUCAAGAAGAACUUGAUUCGUAAGUCAGAACCAAGGAAACUGACAUUUGUCGGUGAAUUGUCCCACAAUCAAUUCAGUCCUAAGAUGGAUCAUUUGGUGUGUUUCCUCCCUGGGACCCUAGCUUUAGGAGCUCACUAUGGACUGAAUGCAGAUCACAUGGAACUGGCAAAAGAACUGAUGGAAACCUGUUAUCAAAUGUAUGCACAAAUAGAAACUGGACUAAGCCCAGAAAUUGUACACUUCAAUCUGAGGCCACACAAUACCAAAGAUGUAGAAGUUAAGCCUGCAGACAGACACAACCUUCUAAGACCUGAGACAGUAGAAAGCCUUUUCUAUAUGUAUAGAUUUACACGUGAUAAAAAAUACCAGGAUUGGGGCUGGCAAAUUCUCCAAAACUUUAACAAGUAUACUCGGGUUGACACUGGUGGAUACACUUCUAUUAAUAAUGUGAGGAAAUCUGAGAACCCUGAACCCAGGGAUAAAAUGGAAAGCUUCUUCCUUGGAGAGACACUGAAAUAUUUAUUCCUUCUAUUUUCUAAUGAUUUCAACUUAAUCAGCCUGGACAAAUAUAUUUUUAAUACUGAAGCACAUAUUCUUCCAAUAUGGACAACCUGAUGAAUGUUGAAAUGCUUUGAAUGUUGGCCUAAUGUUUGGCACAUCUUAGUUGUGGGAUCUGAUGUCAGUAGGAGAUAACCACUGUGUGGAAGUUUUGUUCUACUUUGUAUUGAUCACUGUGAAAGUGCAUACCUACACAGAUGUGUUUUAAAAAAAAAUGUGAACAUACAAACUAUAAACCAGGGAACAAAUAUGUACAUGAACUGUUGCACUCAAAUGGACUGUUUUACAUUACAAAACAUGCAUACCAAACGUUGCAUCAUCUCCAUUCAUUGAUUGCUUCCUGCCUACCCAAUUCAGUCUAACAGAUUAGUAUGUAAUGGUCAAUACACUACACCAGUCUUUGCAGAAGAAAAUUACAUUUGUGUAGCUUGUCUUCUACAAAAUGAAUGGGUCAUGAGAUUUGAUGUCAAUUCAGAUUUAAAAUUUUAAUAUAAUCCUUUUCAAAUAUAAAAACUCUAAUCUGAAUUCUGAUAAAUAUCAACUGUGGCAAUUAAUAUUUUCCUUGGUUAUUACAGACCAAUCAAAAUUGAUUCUCAGUUUUUUGAUCUAUAACUGCUUUAAAAAUUUACAUUAACAAUACAUGGUGACAUCAACUAUAUUUAUAAUGUAUGCAAGUGCUGAACAUCUUACUCGAGUUGAAAAUGUGGGUUCAUGAAGGAUAGGAUAAUCCAUUAGUCUAAAUUUCUGUUUAUUUGGUGGUUAAACUCUAUUUUCAAAUCUGGGUUCUAUUUAAGUUCCUGUAUAUCUUCUAACUCCAACAGCACUGUUUCCAGAGUUGUUUUCCUAAAAAUAAAAUAUCCACUUUUUUCUACCAUGCUUCAGGCUAGAGCUUUAUUUGAAAUAUAGGAAACAGAUGUCAUCUAUCAGUGUCUUUACAGAGUGUUUUAAUAUAGAUGCUAUUGCCUGAUGAAAUAAGUUUCUUUAUCUCUUACGAAUAUCAAAUGAAAUGUUUGGCUGCUUUUAUUGCUUUAACUAUAAAGUUCAUCUGUGGCUGGUGCAGAGAGAGUGUUCAAAGAAUAAAAUGCAAUAUGAGUAUUUUAAAUUUAAUGUAAAAUUUAAUGUAAAAACAUGGUUGUAACUUAGGAUAUGAGCCAUAAUAUGUAAGUUGUCUGAGAUCAGUAAUCUGAUUAAAUUUUCAAAAUUGUUGUAAAACUUGAUUGGUCUUUGAGAGAGAGUGAACUAAUACCUGUUUGGACCCCUUAGAUUUUAUGGAACCAGUAGCACAUGCUGAUCUGAUCCAUUUUGUUAAUGCAAGGUUGCCUUCCUGUAGAGAAACCCCUUACUUUUUCUAACUUCAAAAUGAAAUUGAGCAGUGCUGCUUCUGAUUUUUGUGCCACUGGCCAGUAAUUUUAAAUGGCUGCCUUAAAUGUGCACAGUUUAUUUUAGUAGUUAUCUGGGUGGGGUCUUAUAGUUCCAUGACUAAAAGGGAAAUGAAACAGAUAAGGAUGAGUACUUUUGAAAUGAAGAUAAAUCCAAUGAAACGGAUGGUGGGCAUUCACUGUACAAUGGUGAUCUAAUCCCUUUAAGAAAGGGGAUGCAGAUAUUUUACGUACUUCCUUGUGAACAUUAUGCUGAAUGCUGAAAUAUGUAUCUACAAAAACUUUAACCUGUCUAUGAUUAGUUUAAGUGUGUGGUUAAAUGUAUGAUACAGGAAACCAUUUAGAACAUCAUGCCUAUGCUGGCUCUUUGGUACAGCUGUCCAUUAAUACAUAUCCCUUCUGUAAAGUUACUUACUUCAGCUUUUGUCAUUAAAUAACUCGACUGUUUUAAGUUAUAUAUAGUUUUUAAUCUAGGUCCUUAUCCAUCAUUCCUUGAACUGAAUGUACUGUUAAAAUGUUGGACAGGGUUUUAGAUGUAAUUUUGCUUCCCUUCUCGACAACAUUGUAAAUAAAGUUAAUUUGUCUGUAAA